AUGGAUUCUGAAAUAGUGGACCGCAUUCAACGGAUGCAACUUACAACAGAUGAAGAUGAAACCAUUACAGUUCGUCCUUUGAGAAGAAAGGAGAUCCUGGAAGAAUACUCCUUGAGUUUAAUCGGUAAGUUUCUUACAACUAAACUGACUAAUAUUAGAGUAGCCAAGAAUUUACUAAGAUCUAUGUGGAAGAUGGGGGAAGACUUGAAGAUGGUGGAACUGGGUGACGAUCUACUACAGUUCAAAUUUUCAAUGGAGUGCCAACUGAAUUGGGUUUGGAACAACGGGCCUUGGUGUUUUGAUAACCAAAUCCUUGUUUUGCGGAGAUGGGAAAAAGGUAUGACUGCCCGUUCUGUGACCUUCACCCACAUGCCGAUUUGGGUCCAAGUUUGGGGGCUGCCAUUUGAUUUAAUCACUGAAGAAGCUGCGCACGAUAUCGGGCAAGGGCUGGGCAAGGUCAUUGAGGUGGACUGUAAAGCUCUCAAAACAGACCAAGCCCGGUUCCUCCGAAUCAAGGUAGAGGUGCCGCUGGAAAAACCAUUAAGGCGAGGUGGACCAGUGGUUAGUCCAGAAGGUGAUGAAGCUAGAGUAGCUUUCCGAUACGAGAGGCUGGUCGACUGGUGUUUCGCAUGUGGGAGGGUAGGCCACGACGUUAAAGAGUGUAUGUCGGCAAGCGAGGAAGAAAGGAGGGUUAAGCCAUAUGGAGAAUGGUUGAAAGCAGGCACUUGUGGCAGACCUGACACACCGAGAAGCAACCAGAAAAUCCCAGACCAGCGCUGGCGUGAACCCGAAGCAGCAACUCCACCGCGACAUCCCGAAGCAGCGACUCCACCGCCACAUACGCCAGCUGUACCUCCAGAAACAUUAAAUGCUGCUACAGAAAAGCCGAAAAAUUCGAAAACUGUUUUGCCCAUCCCGACAAAUACGUUUCAGACCUUAAAGCCAGCAAUCACACCAAUAUCCUCACCUGAUACGUUACAGAAUUUAAACCCCACAAUCACUCCACCUCCAUCUUCAAACACGUUACCAUUUGACCAAGGAUUUAUGACAGGGAAUAAUCUGCCAACCAAAAGCCCCACCAGCAUGGUUUCCGAAAAACUUGGAGAGGAGCUUUAUUACGUUCCUAUUAUGUAUGGGGGGAAUAAGGAGACAAACACGUGCCUCACUGUAGUCCCACGUGCACAUGGAGUAGACCCAUAUGUAAAAACCAAUGCCACGUGGAAAAAAAUCCCAAGACAAAAACUAAACACCAAUACCUCACAAGACACCUCAGAGGAGACCAACCCAGUAGGAAAAAAGAGACAAGCAACCCAGGUACGCCUGGAUGAUGUUCAAGGUGACAAAGUAAAGACCAAACGGCUCAAGGUGGUGGCCGACCAAACACAACCUAAUGUCCAAACGGUGGAGGCUGCGGCACAGCCCCGUCGGUCACAAUGA